AUGAUUUAUAUUAUAUUUCUUGUGUCUUCUGCAUUAAGUGCUAAAUCAAAUAGAUACAUCAAUCCAUAAACAGAUGUGAUAUAUGAAACAGUAAAAGAUUACAAUUACAUGGCUAAUUUAAACUAGUCCAUCUUAUUUCAAUAUGCUAAGUAUUAUUAAGAAUAAUUAGUUAUUAUGGCACCUAUUCUAUGUAACUGAUAUAAGGAAGCAAGAAUGAGAUUCCUUUAGCAUAAUCAAUAGAUGGCAAUUUUAGUUAAGGUUGUCAUCCAUAUUCAAGAAAAAUAGCACAAACAUAAUUAUUUAAUACUACUCCUCAUUUGCCUUUUGAAAGUCCAGAUACACUUUAAGGAAUAAUCACAUCAGUUUAUGCUGCAAAUUAUUUUGUAUUUGUUUUGAGAAGUGAUUUUUAAUUGUUUAUCAUGAAGAUAGAUUACGAUACAAAAAAUUAUGGUAUUUUAGGAUUUUCAUAAUAUUAAAUAAUAAAUUUGACUAAGGAAUUUGAUAAUAUUGAUGAAAGGUCUUAAUUAUUAAAUUCAGAAUUAUUAUGUAGUUAAUAUUUAAAAUAAGGAGGUUAAAUAUUUUGUUUUAUAAUAAGUGAAUAUGGAGUACUAUAAUUUUCAUAUAAUUAAAUUGAGUAAAUUAUUUUAAAAUAUAUAGGGAAAAGAUGAUUUCAAUUUCUAAAUUAUUUAAUCUGAAAAAUGAAACAAUUAAUCAUAUAUUUUUUAGUGAUGAAAAUGAUUUAUUAUUUAUAACAUAUCCAACAGCAGGAGUUGAUAUUUACUAAAUGAAUCCUAAUGGUAAUUUAGAUUUCUUAACAAAUAUUAUUCCCAGUGAUUCAAUUAAUUUAAAGUAAGCAAAAAUGGAUGAAACAUCUAAUCAUCUCUUUAUCUUAAAUGAAAAAUUAGGAAUUCAUAUCUAUAAUUUCAAUAAAUAAAAAUUAACUUUUGUUGAAAAUAAAAUGUAUAUUUAUAUAAAAGGAGGAGAUACAUUUGAUUUUCAUAAAAAUACUAUGUUCAUUUUAGCUUAAACAGAAGAUUCAUUAUAAUAUGCAUUAGAAAUAUUUAUUGAUUUUUAAGGAUAAUAAUAUUACUUCAAUUAAAUUCAUUAAUUUGGAUAAGAUGUUUAUGAUGUUUAUGUUGGUGAUUUAUUUGUUUUAUUUGUUGGUUCUGAUCGCUUGCAUUAAGUUAUAUAUCAUUCUGUAUAUAAAGAUUUUGAUGCUUAACAUGAAUCAUUCUUUUUUUCUGAUAUUGAUAUAAUUUAAGUUGAUGAAUUAAAUCCUCCUUGGAAAUAAUAAUUAUAUAAUGGUAAAGCUUUUGAAGAUGGAAUUUUAAGCAAUGUAAAUUUAACCUAUACAGAAACAUUCUUGAUUGGUAUAUCAGAAAAUGAAGUUAGUUUAUUUAGAUUAAGAUUAAUACCUCCUUGGGUACUUUGUAAAAUCAAUUUAAAUUUUGUUAAGUAUAAGCAAAUUUUAGUUUUGAAGGAGUUAGUGUUUUGA